CUCGCGGCGCACAACAACAAGUAUAACUACGCGAGCUGGCCAUGCAUCGGUCACUGCCCGGGCCACGGCGCGCGCGCCAUACCGGUGUCAGGCGGCGGCGUCGGCCCACUGACCGCGGCCCUCGCGCGCUACGUCGUCGCGCGGCGGCCCGCCGUCGCGGACGCUGAGGCCGCGCGCGCUGCUCUGAAACGCGUGGGCUGGCCCGACCGCGACGCUCGACAAUACCGCAGCGCGCUCCAGGCGUACGAGACGCUGACGGUGGCGCUGUGGCGCGCGACGCAGGAUCCUACAUUUGCGAGGGCGCACGCGCGGCCGGCGCUGUGGCUCGAGUUCGGCGUGUAUCGGGGCACAUCUAUAAAUGCGACCGCCGCACUCCGGGACACGUUCGAGGCCCGCGGCUUCCCCGGGGCGCUGCCGCGCGUCGUUGGUUUUGACACGUUCGAGGGCAUUCCUACCGAAUGGAAGACGUCGAAGCGCCAGGCCCGCCCCAAGUGGAAGCAGGGCGCGUUCAGCUGGCGCGAGGACCACGGCACGCCGACGCCGCCGGUACGCGCGGGCGUCGAGCUCGUCACUGGCUUGUUCAACGAGACGCUCGGGCCAUUUCUGGAGGCGAACGCUGGA